GUUGCCGGCGAGGCCCCGCCUCCAGCCCCUAAGCCCCGCCCACUCCUUCCCGCCGGGCGUCUGCGGUUUGGCGGGAGCUAAGCGCCGCCGGGGGCGCGGGGCUGAGAGCGGGCAGCGCAGGCGCAGGGCUGGGUGGGGAGCGGGAGCGGGGAGCCGGACCGGGACCGGGACCGGGACCGGGAGCGGGAGCGGGACCGGGAGCGGGAGCGGGACCGGGAGCGGGAGCGGGAGCGGGGCCGGGGACAGGCCAGCCCGCCGGCUGCCAGCACUGCCCUCCGCAGAGCCGCGAUGCAGUCCUGGGGGGCGCCGCCGCCGUCGGGCCCGGGCCACCGUGGACGCCGCUAGAAAAGCGCGCCCUGGGGCCCCCGCCAUGGCCGGGGUGCGCGCCCUGCUGUGGGGCGCCCUCCUGUGCGCGCUGGCGCGGGGCCAGGACCCGGACCCCGACCCCGACCCCGACCCCGACCCGGGCCGCUGGCGGCAGAUGAUCCAGUGGGAGCACAACGGGCAGGUGUACAGCCUGCUCAACUCGGCCUCCGAGUACCUGCCCGCCCGCGCCCGGGCCCGCGCCCGCGCCCAGGGCAGCGCCCGGGUGCUGCUGGCGGGGGCGGCCGCCGCGGCUACUCAGGCCCCGGCUCGCCGCAGCUCCGGGGGUCCCCGCCGCCGCCAGGCGCCCGCCCCGCCGCCUCUGCCCCUGCCCCUGCCCCUGCCCCUGCCCCUGCCCCUGCCCCUGCCCGGCCGCGCGGGCUCGGACACCGUGCGGGGCCAGGCGCGCCACCCCUUCGGCUUCGGCCAGGUGCCGGACAACUGGCGCGAGGUGGCGGCGGGGGACGGCGCGGGGCUGGCGCGGGCGCGCACGGCUGUGGCGCACGGCCCGGGGGGCGCGGUGGUGGCCGCCUCGGCCUUCGCGGGCGCGCUCGGCCCGCAGCCCCCCUUCGCCGGCCCGCGCCCCCGCGCUCCCCUGACCGCCCGCUUCGAGCGCCGCGACCCCGGCCGCAGUCUGGAGCGCGGCUUUGUGCAGCUCGGCGGGGCGGGCGCUGCGGCCGCGGCCUCGGCCUCGGUGUCCGCGGGGGUGCUGCGCCCAUGGGCACCCCGGCCGCGUCCCGAGGACUACGGCGGCGAGGAGCAGCCCGAUCCCGCGCCCCCCGACGGCCUGGACCGCCGCUUCGCCACCAGCCUGUACCACGAGGGUGCCGCCUACCCAGACCUGGGGCCGGGGCCUGGCCCCGACCCGCUCUUCGCCUGGCUCCCGCCCGAGGCCUACGCGCCCCCGCAACCGCCCUUCGGGCUGCAGGAGGCGCAGCCGCCCUUCGGGGUGCCGGAGCAGUUCGCCCCCUUCGGGGUGCCGGAGGCGCGGCCCCCACUCGGGGUGCCGGAGGCGCAGCCGCCCUUCGGGGUGCCGGAGCAGUUCGCCCCGUUCGGGGUGCCGGAGGGGCGGCCCCCACUCGGGGUGCCAGAGCAGUUCGCCCCGUUCGGAGUGCCGGAGGCGCGCCCCCCCUUCCGCGCGCAGGAGCCCCCCUACCUCCCCCUGCGCGGCCCAGACCCCGGAGCUGAGCGCAGCGGGGCGCAGCAGGGCCGCCGGAGCGUGGGCAGCGUGUACCGGCCCCCCCAGACCGGCCGCGGACUCCCCGACUUGGUGCCGGACCCCAACUACGUGCAGGCGUCCACCUACGUGCAGCGUGCCCACCUCUACUCCCUGCGCUGCGCUGCCGAGGAGAAGUGCCUGGCCAGCACCGCCUACGCCCCCGAGGCCACAGACUAUGAUGUGCGGGUGUUGCUGCGAUUCCCCCAGCGUGUGAAGAACCAGGGCUCAGCCGACUUCCUGCCCAGCCGGCCACGGCACACCUGGGAGUGGCACAGCUGCCACCAGCACUACCACAGCAUGGCCGAGUUCAGCCACUACGACCUGCUGGACGCGGCCACGGGCAAGAAGGUGGCGGAGGGCCACAAGGCUAGCUUCUGCCUGGAGGACAGCACCUGUGACUUCGGGCACCUUAAGCGAUACGCCUGCACCUCGCACACCCAGGGCCUGAGCCCAGGCUGCUAUGACACCUACAACGCCGACAUCGACUGUCAGUGGAUCGACAUCACGGACGUACAGCCCGGGAACUACAUCCUCAAGGUGCACGUGAACCCCAAAUAUGCCGUGUUGGAGUCAGAUUUCACCAACAAUGUGGUGAGAUGUAACAUCCACUACACAGGCCGCUACGUGUCCACCACCAACUGCAAGAUUGUCCAGUCCUGAUGUCUGAGGUGGACAGAGGCCACCCCCAAAGCAGGCUGGUCCACCAAAACUCACCCACAGCAGGCUGGACAGCAGGACUGGGGCCCCCAUGGCCACAGGAAGUCCCAUGGACCUUGGGCUCCCCAGGCCCAGCCUCUCCUCCGCACCCAUCUUGUAUCUCGGCCCAGGACCACUGGCCCAUAUAGAGUGAAUAAAUGGGGUUUUCUACCUGUG